UCGUUGUUCCCUUUUGGUAGGCAUCGGCGGCGGCGGCUCCUUCUGUAGCCAUGACGUCGCUGCGGUCCGCCGUGGCCACCUCUCUCCCGCCGAUCCGCGCGGCGAUCUCCCGGAUGAAGCAGGAUAUGAUGCGGCGGGAACUGGAGAACUGCCACCUCCUAGCCGGGAUCUGGUGCCAUGGCCUCACGGUGCGCCAGCUGCAGGCCCUCCGGGGAGCGCUCCCACCCGCGGCCAAGCUGGUCGUGGCCAAGAACACGCUGCUUGAGAAGGCCAUUGCCGGUACCCGGUGGGAGCCCCUCCGGCCCUGCGCCAAGGGCAUGAACGCCUGGCUCUUCGUCCACUCCGACGAGAUCCCCCCGGCUCUCAAGCCCUGCCGCGACUUCCAGCGUGAUUUCAAGCUCGCCCUCAAUGACUUCACCGGCGCCGUCUUCGAGGGCCGCCUCUACGGGCCCGACAACUUCCAGGCCCUGGAGACCAUGCCCACGCGGAUGGAGUCGUACGCCUACCUCCUUGGCUGCCUGCAGACGCCCGCCGUGUCCCUUCUCAGCAUCUUGCAGGCUCCCGAGGGGGAUGCCGAUCAGGCUGCAGAAGGAGCCGCUGCCACCUCCGAGAAAUAGAAGCUCGACGGUUGUCGUUAUGGUCCAGUUGUUCUUUAUUUAGGUCACCAGUAUAGUUUCUUUAGUUGGCCUAAUAAUUAGAGAAGUUAAUGGUCUGAUGUACCACAUGUGCCCUGUUUCAUGAACUCAAUCAUGGAUAUACUAGAAACCUCGGUC